UCAGGCCGGCUGCACGGCGGGGGUAGACGCGCGGGUCCGCGCUGAGAGAGCCACCGCCCUCCGGCUGCGCGCUGGCUCCCGGCCCCUCUCUCCCGCCCGCUCGCGGCCGGCCGAAGCCGCACCCACCGCCCAGAGCCAGAGGGAUGGUGGUAGUCACGGGGCGGGAGCCAGACAGCCGUCGCCAGGACGGUGCCAUGUCUAGCUCCGACGCCGAGGACGACUUUCUGGAACCGGCGACCCCGACAGCCACGCAGGCGGGGGACGCGCUGCCGCUGCUGCCCCAGCAGUUUCCCGAGGUUGUCCCCCUCAACAUCGGCGGCGCUCACUUCACCACACGCCUGUCCACGCUGCGGCGCUACGAGGACACCAUGCUGGCGGCCAUGUUCAGCGGGCGACAUUACAUCCCCACCGACGCCGAGGGCCGCUACUUCAUCGACCGGGACGGCACGCACUUCGGAGAUGUGCUGAACUUCUUGCGCUCAGGGGACCUGCCGCCCCGGGAGCGGGUGCAAGCGGUGCACAAGGAGGCCCAGUACUAUGCCAUCGGGCCCCUGCUGGAGCAGCUGGAGAACAUGCAGCCGCUGAAGGGCGAGAAGGUGCGCCAGGCGUUCCUGGGGCUCAUGCCCUAUUACAGAGACCACCUGGAGCGGAUCGUGGAGAUCGCGCGGCUGCGCGCAGUCCAGCGGAAGGCUCGCUUUGCCAAGCUCAAGGUCUGUGUCUUCAAGGAAGAGAUGCCCAUCACCCCCUACGAGUGCCCCCUCCUCAACUCCCUGCGCUUUGAGCGGAGCGAGAGUGACGGGCAGCUCUUCGAGCACCACUGCGAGGUGGAUGUGUCUUUUGGGCCCUGGGAGGCUGUGGCUGAUAUUUAUGACCUGUUGCACUGUCUGGUCACGGACCUCUCGGCCCAGGGCCUCACUGUGGACCACCAGUGCAUCGGGGUGUGUGACAAGCACCUCGUCAACCACUACUACUGCAAGCGCCCUAUCUAUGAGUUCAAGAUCACAUGGUGGGCUGGAAGACAAAGGGUCCUUCCAGAGAUUCCCCAGUUCAAGCAGGCAAGACGCCGCAGCCUUCUGUUAUUUUGAAGUCACAUCAUGUUUAGAGGCUCAGACCACCACUGGCUGCCGUGUGGUACGAUAGGAUCCAGUUUAUGGUGCACCUUUCAAAGGGACUCUGCACGCUUGCUCCGUGUGCCGCUGUCCUGCGUGGAGGGUUUCUGUUCUGAGGAAGUCAAGGAAGAGCCAGGAGUCAUAGGAAGACAGCAGCAAGCCUCCAUUGUGUUUUACUUCCCACAUGUCAGAAAAACACCAAAAGCGUCUCUUCCCACUGCAUUUCCUUCUUGCUCUAUCUGCAGCCUGGACCGCUGCUCAGGAUGUGGACAAGUACUGCGUGUGCCGCAUCCCUGGUCAGAACAGAACAUUUCCACGCUGCAGUGAGGGUUUCCUCUGUGACCACGGCCAUGCUGGACUAUUCCUGGGUGGUUCUGAAGGGAGGUGUUUGUAUCUCUAAAGAGUGGGAGAGCCAGGCGCAGCGGCAUGUCCAGUUCUCCCAGCUGAGGGAAGCUAAGGCAGGGGGAGCACGUGAGCCUGCAGGUUCACGGCCAGCUCGGGCACCAUGGGGAGAGAUGAGAACAGCAUCACUGACGUCAGUGUGACAGGGCAGGUGGGUAAGGGCGCCCAGGGGCUGAGCACAGGUGUGUCCGCCUGAGGGAGAGAGGCCAGCACCCCAGGACCACCUGGAUCCCUCCCUGGCUGGAGGGUAGUGGGCCCCUGGCCUCUGUGGAUCGGCAUCCUGUCCCCCCUGGUGGAACAGAGGUGGGCACUGAGGUCCAAGAGGAAAGGACCAUCGUUCCCCUUCCCAGCUGUGCGCCCUCCCUUGUUCUGGACGUCCCUGCUCGGUGCUUUCCUCGACAGGACUCCUGCCCUGUUCUCACAGAAGAAUUUUUCAUUCAGGUUGCUUUUGUUGGCAGUGCCCGCUGCCUCGUAUAUGUUCAUUUUCUUCUCUUUUCUGGGGUGGGUAAGACAAGGUCUCUCUGUGUAGCCUAAGAGGCCCUUGAAC